AUGGCAACCCUGCAGCUUACGCCAAGGACCACAUCUAACCCCGGCGACCAGUUGCCACUACUUUUCAUCACGAAUAACCCGAGACGUUACUCGUACACCCUCUGUACCAAUGACGCAAAAGCCGUCGCGUCGCAUGUAUCUGCGCGGUACCGAGCAUGGAGUAAGACAAAUCGGCGAAGCCUCGCACUGGAUUCAACCACAAGGGCUAUACUGGCCGCACGGAAUUCAGCCCUGCAGAAUCCGGGAAGCUCGAAACCACUCAAGGCUGGGGCCAAUGGUACAGCCUACGCUGAAACUGUCGAGCGGCUCAAGAGAUAUCACCAUGCCAUGAGUACUCGUCGCCGUAGAUCUUUCGCCGAGACUUUACAAUCCGACCGGGAUGAAUCAAAUAGCGACACCUGGUCCAUGUUUGCGGAUAUCGUAUCUCCUCACAUUACUCAACUGGGAUCACAAUUUUUCGAUCCUUUUACCGCAACCAACGUCAAAUUUGACAGAGAGAUCAAGUCUACAUUGCACUUCUACUUCACAGUCAUCCAGCCAUUUGCCAUAAGCUUGAUGCCAUCGUGGCACUGGAUUGACAACUUGUCGCGACUUCAAAGGACACCUGUUCUCUGCUAUGCGGUCGCGGCAUUUACCUCGAUGUUCUUGUCAGGGUUCCUGAAUGGCGGACCGGGGGUUGUCCUGCCGCCUGCCGAUGAAGAGGGCGAGCGAUCGUUAUGGUCUAUUCCGGCGUGGUUAAGGUUGCAGACGAGCUGCCUUACCAAGUUAAACACGGUCCUUUUCCGUCAACCAUCUCCAGAAAUUACCGAGGAGUGCUAUGAGGCUAUUCUCUUUUUGUUUCGUAUGUCAGUGUUUCUCGCCGACGGCGAAUCAACGAGGCUACAUUACAAGAUUCUUAAGCGCAUCGCGCCGACAGCGGGCAAGAAUAAGUUCAACCUUCUCCAAGAAUUAGCAGUAAUGAAGGUGAACCUUGCCUGUAUAUUCAUGUUCCAACACUCGAUCAUCCCCCUACGAACAAGUGAGCAAGAGGUAUCAGAGUACCCUGGGAUUGAAAUCGGUCGUGCAGCAUGGUCCUCAGAACGAGAAUGGCAAAACCAUCGAGCAAUCGUAUCUGCACGACUACUAGCCUGGCGUGUCGAAGAACCCGGCGACAAGCUCCAAAGCGAAACGGGAUCCACAAUCUUGCGUCUAGACCUGAGUAGCAAGUUGUUAGCCAGUCGCGAAAGUACAGAGAUCCAGCGCUGUUUCCAGAUGGCUGUCUUCUUGAUCAUGUACCUUCACAACAUCGACUUCAACACGAAGGCGCCUCGUGUGAGAUCAAGUCUCACUAUGUUGAGGAAGAAGCUUGCUGAAAUAGGGUUGUGUCAUAUCCGCAAGACUUGCACAUAUACUCUGUUUAUAGUCUUGCUGGCAGGGGCAAUGACAACGCGUGGUUGUCCCGAGAGAAGCUGGUUUAUCGAGCGACUGGCAGCACUUUAUCUCGAAGUCCGUUGUAUGGAUGACGUUCACAAAAUGCUUGUCGAAUUCAUAGACCCUCUCAGCCUUAUCAUCAGUGUUCUACGGGAGGUAUGGGAAGAAGUCGUCGACUUUCGAUCUGUCACAUUGGUUCAGAGCCGGGAAAUGGAUCUGAUCAUGGGCCGACAUCAUCUUGGAUGCUCUUGA